AUGGAGUCGACCCGCACUGGACGGGAGAAGCGUUAUGAGUGCGACGUGUGUGGCAAGGCCUGGCAGUUCCCGAGCCAGCUGGAGACCCAUCUGCGGGUGCACACCGGAGAACGCCCCUUCAACUGCUCAGAGUGCGACAAGAGUUUCAAGAAGGCAAAUGCCCUGGUGACCCACCGGCAAGUGCACACGGGCGAGAAGCCCUAUGACUGCUCCACAUGCGGCAAGAGCUUUACCCAGUUGUCGGGGCUGUGGGAGCACCAGCGGGUGCACAGCAGUGAGCGGCCGUUCACCUGCUCUGACUGCGGCAAAGGCUUCAAGUCGUCCAAGCACCUGAAGGUGCACAGGCGGCUGCAUACCGGGGAGCGGCCCUCCACCUGCAGCGACGAGGGCUUUACCCAAUCCAGCGGCCUGCUGAAGCACCAGCGCUCCCACACAGGCGAGCGUCCCUACACCUGUGUUCAGUGCGGCAAGGGCUUCACCAGAUCCACCAGGCUGCUAGAGCACCAGUGCACCCACACCGGCGAGCGCCCCUACAUCUGUGCCCAGUGUGGCAAGGGCUUCACCCAAUCUGGCAGCCUGCUGGAGCACCAGCGCUCCCACACCGUUGAGCGUCCCUACACCUGCGCCCAGUGCGGCAAGGGCUUCACCCAGUCCACCCGUCUGCAGCUGCACCAGCGAACACACACCGGGGAGCAGCCCUACACCUGCGGCCAGUGCGGCAAGGGCUUCAUCUCCUCCAGCAGCCUGCUAAAGCACCAGCGCACCCACAACGACGAGUGCCCCUACACCUGUGCUCAGUGCGGCAAAGGCUUCACCCAAUCUGGCAGCCUGCUGGAGCACCAGCGCACCCACACCGGUGAGCGUCCCUACACCUGUGUCCUAUGCGACAGGGGCUUCACCCAGUCCACCAACCUGCAGCUGCACCAGCGAACACACACGGGGGAGCGGCCCUACACCUGCGCCCAGUGCGGCAAGGGCUUCUUCUGCUGCAGCAGCCUGCUGGAGCACCAGCGCACCCACACAAGGGAGUGGCCCUACACGUGCGCCCAGUGCGGCAAGGGCUUCACCUGCUCCUCCAGGCUACUGUCCCACCAGCGAAUGCACACCGGCAACCGUCCCGUCCCCAGCCUGGUGUGUGGAGAGCGCUUUGCCAUGGGCUCCGACGCCUUGUCUCACCAGCACGUGCACACCAGUGGCCAGACCUACAACUACCCGUACUGUGGUGAGGCGUUUGACAGCUUGCGGGGAUUGACGCAGCACCAGCAGACUCACACCGGCGAGCAGCUGCUCCCACUGUGACAAGAGCAUGGGGGCUGUGGGAGCACCAGCGGAUACACACCAGAGAGAGACCCUUUGUGUGCGCUGAAUGUGGCAAGGGUUUU